UGGUUCCGGUAGUGGGAGGAGUCAGGUCCGAGCAGACGUGGCAGCAACACGUGACGUCAUCGAGGAGCGUCGCUGGUUUGUUCAUGUUGUGCUGAGCUAGUCUAGCUAGCAGUGUAGGUAUCAGGCUGAGAAGAUGAUGGAAGAGAGUGGGAUUGAGACUACGCCUCCGGCCAGCCCUACACCUCCUCUGACUGUGGCUGCCACCGUCAGCCCCCCGCCAAUGACCAUCGGUAUGUCCAGCCCUCUGUCCCUCUCUGGCACCAGCUCCGUCUCCAUGGGCUCCCCCUCGGUCUCCACCGCGUUCCCCCCUGUUCCCUCCAUCCCAUACAGCAGCCCUCUGGCCCCACACCCCUCCCUGUCCUCCCACUUCCCCCCUCCCUCCUCACUCGCCUCCCACUUCACAAGCAGCUCUCCGUUUCCUCCUUCCACCUCCCCCUCUCUGCCUCCCCUGGCCUCCUCCAUCGGACCACCUCCCGGUUCGGCUCCCGGCAUGUCGGCCCCUCCCGUGGGCCCGCCCGUAUCCAACUUCUCCAUGAGUGCAGGAUAUGACAUCACACGCGGGCACGCCGGUCGAACACCACAGACGCCAUUGAUGCCGACAUUUUCCACUCCUGCCGCCAUGCCAGGUGUAGUGCCGAACCCCAUGGUUCAGCAGCCAGCCAUGACCGGAGGAUUAGAUGCUGGAUCUCCCAUCACUUUCCCAGAGGAGCAGGAAGAUCCCAGAGGGCCUGGACUCGCCAACACUGGUGGAGGAGGCAUCUGGGGCUUUUUCAAGGGAGUGGCAGGUAACACCGUAGUAAAGUCAGUUCUGGACAAAACCAAGCACUCUGUGGAGUCCAUGAUCACCACUCUGGAUCCUGGCAUGGCUCCAUACAUCAAGUCUGGCGGGGACAUCGACAUUGUGGUGACUUCCGAUAAGGAGAAAAACGUGGAGGCAGUCAGAGAUGCCUUCCAGGAGGUUUUUGGGAUGGCUUUGGUCACCGGAGAGCCCGGUCAGUCCAACAUCGCCCCGCAGCCUGUUGGAUAUGCAGCUGGUGUCAAGGGGGCUCAGGAGCGCAUCGACAGCCUGCGUCGAGCCGGUGUGAUCCACGAGAAGCAGCCGGUGGUCUCUUUGGAAAACUUCAUCGCUGAGCUCUUUCCCGACAAGUGGUUUGACAUCGGCUGUUUGAUCCUGGAGGACCCUGGGCACAGCAUCCGCAUUGAGAUCUUCACUCAGGCAACUCCUCUGGCUCUAGAUCACGUCCAACAGGCUCAGUCCCUGACCCCUCCUGACUACAGCCUGCGCUGGUCAGGUCUGAUCGUUACCGUGGGCGAGGUUCUGGAGCGCAGCGUGCCCAACAUCAACAGAACAGACUGGCAUCAGACCAUGACGGGCAUGACCCAACGCCAAAUGAUCCAGAGCGCCGCCAAAGCUCUGGCUGGAAUCUACAAACAGCAGCUGCCACCGAGGACUGUGUGAGGCUGAACGGUUCCAGUUUGAGUCACGUACUGGGGGGAGGAGUUGGAGACACGUUGGAGGAGCUGAUAGGACAGCGACGUUCCUCGUAUCUCCCCGUCCGUCCUCCGUCUGUCCUCAUGGGGCAACGCCAAAUGCACAUUUCUUUUAAAGAUGUUAACGUCUCAAAGAUGUUUACUGACAUUCCAGCAUUUCAGCGGGGUUUAACUGAAAGGCCAUCAGAUAUCAAAUCAAUACUCGCCUACUCAGGUUUAAAGAAGACUUAACUACACAUCUUGUCCUUAAAAGAUUACACUUUAUGUAUAUUAAUGUCAAAAACCUUAACACACAUUGUGACAAUAUUUAGUUUUGUUUACGAAUGCUUCUGGUUACUGUAAAGACACAUUACAUGGACUGUGUCCCACUUUUAGUGUAUAUAUUAGAGGUCGUCACUGACCUGCUCAAACCAUUAAAAAGAGACCCGAUCCAAAAUGUGGUCGAGCCAGACGGACCCGAACAGAGAGAACACAACAAUCUGACCUGAAACCUGAGACCAAAAAAAAACAGUUACACUGAAUGUAAUGUGGACCUGGCCCCUGCGUUGGCUUCUGGAUACUAGGAACUGAGGGCGUUUUCACAUUAGGUACGAUUGAUCCGUACCAUGCCCGAGUACGAUAGCCCCCCCUCUCCACUCCUCCGCCGCUCAGCUUUCACAUUAGUAAAGUUGUUCCGUACCCGAGUACAGUUGUGUCAUCAUCCACGUGUAUUUGUUUAUGUUGAGAUCAGCUGUUCUAGUGGCGGAGCAUCGUAAAACACUUCACUCAAGCUUGACAGAAACAGAAUAAAACUCACCAACACCGUCGUCUUUAGUCUUUCCAACAAUCACAAGCUCUGGUUUGGUUAUAUUUCAGAGUUUGAUGUGAAAAUAUGCUGACUCUACACUCCGUUUCACCCCCGCUGUCUCACUGCGUCACUGUCUCAGAGGCAGAUCAUUAAACUAGCUAAAUAAAAUAACAAACAUCGCCUGACCCCAAUGGCCUUCCUGCCUUUAUCACCCAUGGCCAUGCAGUUCAGAGGAUGAGAUGCGCGCAUAUACAGACAUAGAUAUGAAACAGUUUAUAUGUAUACAGAUUUCAGAGGAGACCGACGGCGUUGAAUAAAAGCCUGUCCUUACGAAACUACUCGCUAACUGCUAACGUCUCUCGUGUUUAACAGCAGUCCACCUCUGUGUUUUGGUACGGUUGGCUUUCACACCUGAUGCAAACUGUACCUGAGUACACAUGAACCGUACUCCAGACCAUCUUUUCAAGUGGACUCGAGUACGGUUCAACGAACCCCAAACUGGACUUUUUGAGGACAAGUGUACUCUGAUCCAGGCCUGGGUCCCUGAUGUGAAAGCACCCUGAGUAGACCUGAGUGAAGUCCUCCACUGUAACACCGUACAUUCUACUUUGUACUAAAGCUGGCAGUGUACUAUUGUGGCAGUUCAUUUUGUAGUAACAGGUAAUAACACAAGGUAUGUGCUGAUAUCCUGACACAAUACUGCCAAUUUCAAAACCUUAAGAAAUUUUAUUCUAAGGACCUUGUUUUUGUGUGUAUAUUUUAGUUUUCUGGGUUAUUACUAUAGCCAUCGAUCCACCGUCCACCUAUUUUUCUUCUUUUUUUUUAACAAUCUUUCUAGCUGUAAUGUCUAACUCCUCCUUUUAUUUGUUUGAAAAAACCUCAACCAUGGCUAAAUUAACUUGCUAGAGGACCCCUGUUAACCCACCAUUCCUCCUACUCACUAUGCAUUAAAGGUAUUUUUAAGUUUAUUGCUUAUGCCAAAUUCAUGUAGUAAUUUGUUGCGUGGUAAUUUGAUUGAACUAAAAUUAGAAGCUUUUUAAAGCAUUGAGUCGAUAUGAAGCAAUUGUGCUGAAAAUGGUUUAUUGUUUUGAAGCAUUUGAUCCUACUGGACAACCUUUUUUUUGUGAUGAUCAUUUGAUUUGGGCUGCACUGGAGCGAGUCUUCAUCAUUAGUUCCCUGCUUUGCCGUGUUCGUAACCCAACAUUGCCUUCAACACCUAAAGUCAAGCAACCUGCAGGCUGCUCUUUCAUUGUAUUUAUUCAUUUGGCUGAUGUGAAAGCACUAAAUCCAUUUGGAAUCGGUAUAUAGUGUGCUACUGGGACACAGCUACAACAGUCUGACGUUGUCAUGUUUUAAAUGUAAUGUAUUGGUUUUAAAAAUUUCACAUUCAUUGAUUCUUGUGGGGGGGGGUUUAAGUAAAAUAUUUGCACAUCAUAAAUGUUGUGCUGUAUGUACAUUAGGUAAAAACACAUUUUGGCCCAUGAGUAAUUGCCUCAGGUUGCUAACGGUAACCUGGGAUUAUUAGGUAAGAAGGAUAAUUUAUUUUCUGCUCCUUCAGGCAGUUGGGACUCCUACAGUAGACUAAACACUUAGUGAAGCUUGAGUGGAAACAACGUUCUUCUGUGUACUUUGUGUCCCCUAAAUGUGCCUUUUUACACAAAUAAAUUAAUCUUUUUUUUCAUG